CUUAAUAUAACUACGGCAUUAUUCCUGGAUAAAUUUAAACCCUGUCCAGGAAACUUAAAACAAAGUUAAUGCAGAUUUGUUUAACGUUGAAGGAUGUCUGGCCGGUAAAGCUUUAGCUAAAGGCGCCUGCGUCAGAUCUGAGUCUGCGAUUGGAUAAAGAUUUAUACGCACCUUCACACAGCUUGCCUUUCAAUUGACCCAACCCUGCAGCAAAGUGUGCCAGCAGGACAGCACGUGUGUAACAGUGACACAAAGCAGGAGCUUUCACAUGCUGUAUCUCAAUACAUCUCCAAAACCAAUGUCUGAUAAUUAGAUUUCACAAACCACUGAGCACCAAAGGCGUCCAACUGUUACCUUAUUAAGAGAGAGAUAUUGAUUUAUCUGUGACAGAGCACCAAUGACCACCAUUAAAGCAGCGUGAUGUUUAAUUGAAUUUUCUUUCAUACAUCAAAAUUGGGUGAAUAUUGGCUGGGAUGGACGUAGGCCAUUUACAAACUCGGAUAAAAAUGCAGAAGUUCAUCCGGUCCGGGUUUGAUUACUGUACUUUAUCAGGAUGCACACAUAUAAAACAUCUUCUGUGUUGAGUCAGGAUUGUAUGGCAAACGUCUGGUGGGUUGACUUUUGCAGAUGGGCAAUUUGUUUGCUAUUUCUAUAUUGUUCAUGUUUAGGCAUCGAGGUUAGAGGAGGGAUUCGGUUUCCCUCUAGUAUCAAUUUAAGCAAAUCUUAAUUCAUGGUUUUGUGUGCAACUAUUUUUCCAAUUUACCCAGCGGUAUUUACUGAACUCAUGCUGAGUCUUUGAAAAAUGAGAGACUGAAAGCGAACACCCGUGUGAAUGUAUAAACUGAAGUGCUGAGACACGUCUAAAGAAGAUAUUGAAACUGCUUUCACAGUGAACCCAAAAUGCCUGAAGCAGGUGUAAAAGAAAGACUCUUCUUCUGUAUGGACGGAUGCAUUUGAGAAAACUGCUUACUUUUUUCAUAGAUGUGUGAGAAAAUCUGAAGCUACAGCUCCUUUUAUUAUGUGACAAAACCAUUAGGACCACUUUGGAUGUGAGAGCAGUUUUUCUGCUGCAGUGGUCAAAGGAAGACAAAUUAUCAGUGGUUUUGCAAAACAGCAAUUUUCUUGCUUUACUUAGAAACCUUUUGCAUUUACAGCCCUCCCCGUUGACUGAAAAUGAUUGUUGGUCCAAUCAAUGCCUUCCUUGAAAAACUGAAUGUUUAUAUGCAGCUGAUUUAGUCAUUUGGAUGUAAUCCCAGUAAAAGCACAGGACGUAUGACAAAGGUUUCCUGAAUUAAGCACAUCAACGUGAUGCGACCUUACAUUUGAAGCACAAAUGGAGCUCACACUGCACAACAGACUUGAGAUAUGACACUGUGGGCUUCUUUUACAAUCAAAGAAAAGGUCAGGGGGCUCAUUCGUUACAUUUUACAUUUGCAUGGAUGGUGGGAAAGCUUGUUAAUGGACUUUUUUAAGACAUGUACCAUCUCUGAAGAUAUUUUAAACUUGAUGUGGAUCCAAGGAACUCUUUUCCCAUGAGUGGAAAGUGGGAUCAUAACCACUGCGAGUGUCAGCCGUCUGUGGGGAUUUAGGGUAUGAUACUGCAUCCCGACUCGUACGGCUCUUCCACGACAGAAAAGACAGACAGCUACAGGUGAACUGAAGGAGUUUGGGGGCUGGAGAUCAGACGUCAGGAUGGGUUGUAAUAUGUGUGUGGUGCAGAAGCCUGAAGAACAAUACCGGGUCAUGUUCCAGGUGAACAGUAAAGGUUUAUCUCAGCUCUCUGAGGAUCAGAUGAUGCGCUGCAGACGUAACGUGAGGUGGACUCACAGGAAGAGAACAGCAGGUGUGACCGGAGAUUCUGUCACCAACAUUACAAUGACUGACUGCGUGGACAGCGGGACACAGACAGAUAUCAGUUUCCAGCACAUGGUGACUUUAGGCAGAUCUGUCCAUCACAACAGACCUGAAUCACCUCCUUCACCUCCACUCCCACCUGUACCAGUCUCUUACCUCUUUAACCAGAUUCCACCUAUAGAUCACGUGUACUAUGACCCAACAGAUUAUUUUGACAUCAGUCAACAUGAGGUGGACAGACCGGAUGAUCUUGAGUAUGAGGAGGUGGAACUGUAUAAAUCUUGUCAGCAAGAUAAACUAGGUUUAACAGUGUGCUAUCGUACAGAUGAUGAAGAAGAUCUGGGUAUCUAUGUGGGUGAGGUGAACCCCAAUAGCAUUGCUGCUAAAGAUGGAAGAAUCCGUGAGGGAGACCGAAUACUACAGAUAAAUGGAGUGGACGUUGAGAACAGAGAGGAAGCAGUAGCCAUCCUAACCAGAGAAGAUAGCACCAACAUCUCUCUACUGCUGGCACGCCCUGACAUCGAGAAUGAAGCAGAUGAUCUAGAUUUGGAGUUGGAUGUGAGCCUGGAUCUAGAGGACCUGGACAAUAUCUCUAACAUACCCAGCCCUCAGCACCAUAAGAAAACUAGCUCUAUGCUGGGUGACAUCAGUGGGAGUCGAGAUGGUCGGCCCAACUUGUGGCAGACUGCCCUUAAUAACAGCCAGGAUCUGGACAGUGGGGUGGGGCGCACCGACGAAAGCACACGUUGUGAGGAGUCCUCCGAGCAUGACCUACUGGCCGAUGACGCCACCAGCGCAUGCACGACGGAUGCCACAAACACACCUGGCAGCACGCGCAAGUUCCAUGCUGUACCGCAGGGAUGGGAAUUCCAUUAUAGUAAUGACUCACUACUGGGGCCGGAUGGGGUAGGACCUGUGGAUCAUGGUGCGCCAGAAUCAGGGACAGGCAGAGUUUUAAUGCCAGGUCUAACGGAGGAGGAAUAUGAACAUUACCGCAAGUUAUUGGAGAUUCGAUGCCUUUACGAGAAGAACGGAUGUGCGUUUCUAUUGGACAAGAGGAACCACAGUACAUUAGGAUGUGAUCCUGCAGCAGGAGUUGCUCCUUUAGACAUGAACUGUAAUGAGAGUCUGAUGCAGCACGAAUUUGCUCUUCUAGAGGAGGAAAUUCGACAUCUAGAGUUUAAGUGGCGCAACGUUUUGCGGGCUCAGAAGAUGCAGCAGUUGCGACAACGCUGCUUAAAGGUCUGGCCAGCUGACGAAGAAGGGGACGAAGAAGAUAAGGGAUCGAGGUCAAGGUGUGGAGGAGCAGAGGCGCUCCACCACGAACUGUCGGAUAUCAACGAGAUCCCGGAAAGGGAGCGCUCUGACAAGGAGAGUACAAGCGCCUAUAAUACAGGUGGGGAAAGCUGCAGAAGCACCCCUUUGGCCAGUGACCGCUACCCUUCACCAUCUGCCGCUGGGGAUUCUAGUGCCUCUGCAACCAUGCGACCUCGGCAACCACGUCACAGAACGGGUACAAGCAGGGAUAAGAAUCUCAACUUACCUUCCUCAUCAAGUUCCAAAAGAAAGAAUGAAGAAACAGGAGACGGCAGGAACUCCAGUCCAGCAACAAGACUUCGGUCAUUACCUCGAAACGAUGCAAGCGGUAAAAAAAGCUUGGACGGAGCACGACGAGGGUCUACUGGGAUAGUCAAAGGAGGAAGGAGUGCAGAGAACAGUCCGUACCUGUCCCGUCGCCGCUGUGGAACCACGUUGCCUCCACGUUACCAGAGCUGCAUGCAGUUGAGGGAUGUGUCUGCCAAUGACAGCCCAGAUGUUAGGGACUCUACCGUAGAGGCUCCUGCUCACGCUAGUGCCAGGACUUGCCUAAAUAGAGAUUCGGCAGCCGCCCCUGAACCUUCUCUGAUUAUACCAGCACUACCUCCAUCGUCUCCUCGAAUGGAGUGGAAGGUAAAGAUCCGUAGCGACGGUUCUCGUUACGUGGCCAAACGUCCAGUUAGAGACCGUUUACUUAAAGCCAGGGCAAUGAAGAUACGGGAGGAGCGUAGCGGAAUGACCACAGAUGAUGAUGCGGUCAGUGAAAUGAAGAUGGGGCGGUACUGGAGCAAAGAGGAACGCAAGCAGCAGCUGCUGAGAGCUCGUGAACAACGCCGCCGUCGCGAGUUUAUGAUCCAGAGUCGACUGGACUUUUUGCGCGAGAGAGAGAAGGAGCAAGAUUACGGAGCGCAGGGACAAGCUUCCAUACUUGAGCUAAGCCAGAAAAAGAGCAUGAAGAAACGAAGCCGCCGCAUCCUGGAUAACUGGAUCACCAUUCAGGAGCUCCUGGCUCAUGGGACUCGUUCAGUAGAUGGAACGAAAGUUUACAACCCUUUGCUAUCUGUGACAACUGUUUGACAAGUGGAGUGGUGGUGACAAAAGCCAUGCUGAGUUUUUGAAAGAAUAAGCGUUUUAACAUUAAUCUAAUAAAAGCACAGAUGACAAAAUAAGAGACUAAAGAUAUGAUGAAGCCCAGAAUAAGAAAGCUUUAAACAAUAAAAAUAAAGUGUUUGAUCUGCUAGUUCAAUCAAAAAAAUGAAAGUGUACAAUACAGAAAAGACAAAGGUAUAAAGCCAAAUGAAUGUAUAAUGCCAAUUCUUCUCUUUUCCAAUCGUUUGGAUGCUUGACAUUUUAUUAUUACAUGCACAGGUAGACUGUUACAAAGUGAAAAAGCUGGAAUCUUUUACUCUGGUUUUUAAACAUCUUUUAAUCUAUCAACAUUUGUAUUUGGGGGAAAAAACACCAAAAACCAUAAAUGUCAUUCUGAUCUCACAAUGUUUAAGAAUCUAACAGGUGGUUGACUAAAAUUUAGUCAGUCAAUCAUCAUGAAUUUAUUAUCUACAACUUACCUGUUAACUUGAGAUGAUGUAAAGCACAUGAAUCACUGAACCAUAGAAAAGCACAUGGAAAACGAAAGUACACAAAUGAUCCAGCAUACAGUUAAUGUCAAACACUUACAUUUCAUAUAAUGAUUGUAUAUUUUUGGGAUUCAUUAGACAAGAUUAUCUCUGCUAAAUCUGCUGAAUGUUGUAGCCAACUUGCAAAAUCUUCUUUGAUUUAUAAAAAAUGUGCAUGUUGUUUGUAAAUAAUGUUUGGUGAAAUCGUCAAGUGAAAUUGUAGCCGUGUUGUCUAUUAUACUUGUUAAAGGAAUGGUUUACCACAAAAUGAAAAUUCUCCAAAACCCGGAGUCUUAUGACUAGUUGUAAGACAUUUCUUGAUAAAACACACAAGAACUAGAUUUGAAGAUUCAAAGUUGUCGCCAGGCAUCCUUUUUUCCCUAUUUAGCACUAGUUUCUUUUAGUUUCAUUUUUGCUAAAUAAGUUAAAGGUGUAGUGGAGAAUUCUCUCGGAUUUUAGAAAAGAACCGCCUUCUCCACUUUAAAAAAAAAAUGCAAUUGCGCAACACUCCUGAUUAACAACUAGGAGGACCAAUAGUCUUGAUAAUCCUCCGCAAUACCUUUAAAAAUAUUAAGUUUUCUCUCUCUCUCUCUCUCUCUCUCUCACAAAGCCCUAUUGUUCAUCUUGAGUUGUUUUUAUGAUGGACGGAUGUACGUUUUGGACCUUCCACAUGUUAGGUGCUAUACAUGUACAUAAAGUGACAGAUAUACUUAAAGAUAAAGAUUUGUUGCAGAAAGGAGCUCAUGGCAUGAGGAGGAGUACAGUAAAUGAGAAUUUUACAUGUUUGAUUAGCUAUUCCUUUAACAAGAAGUUGUGUCCAAAUCUUCAUUUAACAUCUUGAAGUUAUAAAAUGAUAGA